CAUAUUUAUAUAUAAUUGUAACUAUGGUGAAUUAAAAUAAAAUAUACUCAGCUUUUUAAGCAAUAUCACAUAAAUAUGUCGCUAUUAAAGAGUACUGGCCCCCUCAUAGAUCCAGCGUUAUGUAGAUGCUGUAGAGCCAUUAAAAAAUGCAGAAUACUUACAGCCGAAUACACCUGGAUGGAGACAAAAGAAGUGUACGCAGAUAUGAUCAUGGACUGCUUUGGAAUACUACUGUCCCGUGUCGAUGAUGAGGAGAAAGAUAGUGGUGUGUGUGCCACCUGUGUAGUCCGCCUACGCGAUGCUUGUGCCUUCAGACAUCAGGUGCUUACUUGUGAGGAACUCUUCUUGAGUUCUAAAUUAGGAGACAAAGACGAAUUAAAAAAGUCAAUAGACAUGGAACUGAAAACUGAACCAAAAGAAUAUGAUGAUCAGAGUGGUCCAUUCCAAAUCCCACACUCAGACAAACACUAUGAGGAUUCUGAACAAUACCAGCCACCACCUAUUGUAGAAGAUGUAAAACUUCCGAAAAAGGAAGAAGAAAAACCUGAUCUGCCCGCUGGGGACCUGCCAAAAGAAAUGGAUCUCUGUGACUUGGAUGAUGAUGAUUAUGUCGACAAUAACUAUUCGGACUCCUCAUCAAACUCAGAUAAACCGUUGAAGAAGAAGGCGAAAGUCAAAAGUAAAACAGAAAAGAAUAACGUUAAAAAGAAAGCCAAAAAGACAGAAAAGAAGAAAAAGAAAAGUAAGAUUGCUUGUGCUGUAGAAAAAGCUGAAAAAGCUGUUGCAAAGAAACCCCCAACAGAGAAGAAAAAUACGUACGAUAGAGAUUUAGACUGCAUGUCUGAAGAGAACUUGUUCACUAUCAUACAGUAUUCCUACGUUUGUCCUUUCAAAAACAGAAGAAACAACUAUUACUGCUUUUACUGUAAAGACUACUUCCCGAAGCCCGAAGAUCUGCGGGAGCACACGGCGUCCCACGACACCAAGCCCUUCCAGCUGCUGAUGGGAUACAAGAAAAUGCCAAAAAUCGACAUCACGAGAAUAGAUUGCAGGCUCUGUCCGAUGAAAAUUGACAACUUGGAAUCGUUCAAACGGCACAUCGACCACGACCACGGGAAGAAAAUAUACUUCGAGGCCCCGGACAAGAUGCUGCUGUUCAAACUCACAUGGAACGACCUAGUCUGCGUCAUGUGCAACGACGUGUUCGAAGACUUCAACACGCUCAACUCCCACAUGACAGAACACUUCAGCAACUUCACGUGCGACAUGUGCGGGAUGUGCUUCCUGGAGAAGCCCCGCCUCGACGCGCAUCUCAAACGUCACAGGGACGACGAGCGACACACCUGCGAGAUCUGCGGGAAGGUGUUCAAAUCCAACCACUACAAGGACAUGCACGUAGAUAUCGUUCACAGGAAGAAGGCCAUCAUACGGUGCCCGCGGUGCGACGAGUGCUUCAUGUCCUACGCCCUCAAAAACAAACAUCUGACCGAAGCCCACGGACAAAAGAGGACGUACCCGUGUAACUUGUGCGACAAAGUGUACAAUCGACAGAAGACCCUCACGGAGCAUCAGCGGAGGAAUCAUCAGAAGGUUCUGAAACAUCAGUGCGAGUACUGCGAGCAGAGGUUCUACCUGCCCUCCCGCUUGAAGGAGCACAUAGCGACGCACACGGGCGAGAGGAACUUCAGAUGCGAGUACUGCGAGAAGAGCUACCCGAGACUGAAGUCGCUGCAGUAUCACAUACGGACCCACACCAACGACCGCAGGUAUCGAUGUCACAUUUGCGCCCAAGCGUUCAUUCAGAAUGCGAGUCUGAAGUCGCACAUAAAAAGCCACCAUCCUGAGUGUGACAUUGAGGGUUUAUAUUUUUAGGCUUAGUUUAUAGAAUUUAAUUUAAUGAGGCCGCACUAAGUGCAAUUUUACUGCAGGCUGCAGUGGAGCGACGCGAUAUGUAUGAAACCUCAGUGCAACAGUUAUUCACAAACGCUUCCUACAAUUUCAUACAUCUCGGGCCAUCAGCGCCGACGGUGUGCGCGCAGUCAGCGUGACAGGAAAAUCAGCCUUAAGAGGGCGACUAACCC